UACUCCCGGGUAGAGAGAGAGAGAGAGAGAGAGAGAGGGGGGGAUCGCUGCCUUCUCUUUUCGUCUCUCGAGGAGUCAGGAGGAGGAGAUCAGAGAUCCGGCGUCUUCGUAGUCAGAUUCCUUUAAGGGUUUCCGCCAUCUUCCGCGAUCUUCUCCUCUCAAUCGUGGUCGAAUAUUGUGAUUCUAUCCUAAUCUGUUCCCUUUUAUGAGCUCGAUUUGUCCUGGCUAUUAUUCGGGAACGAAUGUGUUGGUUUCAUCUUCGUUGGUCAAAAACUGGAUUUCUAUCUAGGUAGACAUUGCGGUUAGACAAUGCCGUUUAAGUUGGAAAACCAGAACCUGUGAUUUCGGAUAGUGAAAAAGUUUGAUCUUCACUGAGUUGAAGAAUUGGAAAGGCACGACCUUGAAAUUAUCGUCUAUCGCUUAUAGUGUACAAGAUGGGGGUGCUGUCAAGGAAGGUUUUGCCUGCAUGCGGGAAUCUGUGCUUUUUCUGCCCCUCACUGAGAGCAGAUCUAGACAACCAGUGAAGCGGUACAAGAAGUUGCUAGCUGAUAUUUUUCCCCACUCUCAGGGCGUCUUCGAGCUCCCAAUUGGCUUUUGUUUUGAUAAGAUUUCGUUACUUCACCAAGUACUCAAUCUGCUCCACUUCACUGGGUAACUUUGUCUUGCAAUCCGCUAAAAUGACUUCAACUCACUUUUCAUACAAGGCUUUGGAGGCAUCUUGCGGAUCUGAGUGGUCCACGGAGUCCAUCGUGCGGGCAACCGUUCAAAUGGCGGUGGCUGUGAACCCUGGCCUCGCCGCCGGGCUCAUCCGAAUGCAGUUCCAUGACUGCUUCGUGAGGAGUGACAAUCCUUUCCUUGAUGAGAAAUUGAAUUUAGACGUACAGAAUCAGUUUGGUGGCAACAAUAUGAUAUUAUACCAGUCCCAGUGCCUCAGGCUUCCGGCUUCAAGCCCAUAUGACCACUUCCUGAAGGCUGCUGGCUGUUAGAGCUGUCGUACGAACUCUGAAGGAGGGCCAGAACUCUCGGCCCCUUGUAGAUGUCGUCAGUGUAAAGUUUUUCCCAACUGGAAGCUUAUAAGAUUUCCUUGAGGAUGAUGGUUUCCACCAUUUUGUUUAGUUAUACAGGAAUCUUUGUGUCUGUCGUCAUGGAGAUGUGAGAUCCCAUUUGUUCAUUCUUUUCGUACCUAGAUCUGGUCGAGGACUCUGGAAAACAAGAAGGUUUUCCAAGUAUUUUUUAUUCUGAUGCGGAAUCAGAGCAGCUUAAUUUGUCGAAUCGUGAUGCUUAUAAACAUUCAUCGUGUUGUAUUGGA